AUGUCUCUAUCAGAAAUAUCAGCCCAACUAUCUGAAUCACCAAAAAGAUUCCCAGAUUGCUGCUUUGGUAUAUCCACAACAUUCAUCAAAAUCCUAUGCUCGAUACUUCCCCAAUGCCCUGGAUUCACUCUAUCAGUGGGCAGUGGGUCCGGCCUAUUGGAAGGGUUGAUCGCAUUUAGUGACAAGAAUAUCUCUGUACAGGGUGUCGAGGUAGACUCGAGCAUCAAUCGAUAUAUCGACGAGGAGGCUAUGCAUGUUGUUGGCGGGGGUUGGGGGUUAUCCUCCUAUGCUAAACAGGCUAAAGCGUGGAUGUUUGUGUACCCGCGUGAUCCGAAGUUAAUCUCGAAGUAUAUUGAUUUAUAUGGGGGUCAUGUUGAGCUGAUCGUUUGGCUUGGUCCUAAGGUCGAUUGGCCUGAUUAUGAGCCUUGUUUUUUGAACUCUUCUUUUUGGGUUGAGGUUUUGGAUGCUGGGUUGACGCCGUAUGAAACUGCGGUUGUUGUGCGACGAUCAUGA